AUGGGCGCCUGCUUCUCUCGCCAACUAGUCACAUCAGCAGAAGAUGUCCUCUUCUCACUCGGGUCUCUCUACUCCUUCCUCGUCUCACACGUCUCCGCCUUCCUCAAUCGCUUCUACUCCCUCCUCCUCUCCCCGCUCUUCCGCGACCACGAGGAGCAGAUCCCCUCGACGCUAUGUGAUGGUGACACUGGCGUCUGCAUCAGACCAAAGGAGCGAGUCAAGCAGUCUAGAAAGAAGGUGGAGAUGAGAAUGCGUCGGGCUGAGCUGGCUGCCAAAGGGUUGGACCCCAAUUUGGCGUUGAAGAGGAGGGAUAGUCGGGCAUCUAACGCUGAUACGGGGGUCGUGGCGGGUACGGAGAAGAUCAUGAAGCGAUGGAGUCGAGCAGAUUCGGUCGCAGCGGUGGAGUCUGCAAAUGCUAUGGAGCAGAAGCCCGCUGCAAUGCCAGCAACGGCGCCCAACACGCAGCGUCUUCACCUCUCGAGGGAGUCUGCGGAGCUGCUGAGGGGCAAGGCUGGGCAGACGGAAGGGAGGAGGUCAAUGGACGCUGCCCUUAAGGCUCCGAUGCGCUCAAGGACGGCUCCAAUGCCAGGCAUGGGCAGUCGACCACCUCCAGCUCGCUCUACACCGGCUCGCGCGGCACCUCCUGCUGCCGUAGCACUGGAGCAUGCCUUCUCGCCCCAAGCGCCGCCGCAGGAGACGGCCAAGCUCAAGAGUCGACAGAGGCUGUCACUAACAGCUGAGGCCGACCAAUUGGACCUGCGACGCAAUAUCAAGCCCAGGCCUAGGUCAUACGCCGCUCCGGCAACCAGCGGCACCUCAAGGGCGAGUCCAUCGCCGCUAGUAGCCGCAGCGCCCACGCCGUACUCAGCAGCCGCCGUAGCUGCUGCGUCCUCUGCUCCCUCCAGCCCUCCAGCCCCAACUCGAACGCGAGUAAGCACAAACAUGAGCAGCAAUGACGCCACUAGUCGGGCAGACGGCACGGUGCAAGCUGCGGCGGACAGGCUAGCCCUCGCACGCCAGUCAAUCGACCAUCAGCGAUCCGCCGUAUCGGAUUCCCUGCCUGUUUCCCGCACCACCACUCGCAUAGUCGCCGACCCCAUAUCUCGUACCUCUACGCCUCCUCUCGCCUCAGGAAGCCAGGAGCCCUCCCCUCGAGGCUCCGUCUCUGAUCUGGCAGCUGCAGCGUGUAAUGCCAGAUGCGCGAAGAAGGAGCGCAAGCUGUGGAGGGACGAGGUCGAACGAGCGGCGCAGAGGAGGGUAAGGGCUGCGUGA